AUGGUUCAUGAGAAAACUGAUGAUGAAGAUGGAUAUUGCCAUGUUAAAGAACAGAAAACUGAUGAUGUAGAUGAAUAUUGUCAUGUUAAAGAAGAGAAAACUGAUAAUGUUGAAACUGUUUAUCAGUGUAAUUUGUGUGAUGAAGAAUUUAAAUCUUACACUGAUUUAGAAAAACACUGUGAAAUACAUGUUAGUCAGCAAGGGCAAACAGGAGAAAAACCUUAUAAAUGUGAUGUUUGUAGUAAAUCAUUUAGUCAGAAAGGUCAUCUAAAAACACACAUGAGAAUUCAUACUGGUGAAAAACCUUAUAAAUGUGAUGUUUGUAGUAAAUCAUUUUCUGAUAGUAGUUCUCUAAAGAAACACAUGACAAUGCAUACUGGUGAAAAACCUUAUAAAUGUGAUGUUUGUAGUAAAUCAUUUACUACUAGUAGUAAUCUACAGACUCACAUGAGAAUUCAUACAGGUGACAAACCUUAUAAAUGUGAUAUUUGUAGUAAAUCAUUUUCUGAUAGUAGUCAUCUAAAGAAACACAUGAGAAUUCAUACAGGUGAAAAACCUUAUAAAUGUGAUGUUUGUAGUAAAUCAUUCACCUUAAGAAGUACUCUACAGAGGCAUAUGAGAAUUCAUACAGGUGAAAAACCAUAUACAUGCGAUGUUUGUUGUAAAUCAUUUAGUCAGAUUGGAACUCUAAGGGGUCAUUUGAGAACCCACACAGGGGAAAAACCUUAUAAAUGUGAUAUUUGUAAUAAAACAUUUAUACAGAAAGGCAAUCUAAAUUUACACAUGAAAAGUCAUACAGGCGAGAAACAAUUUAAAUGCGAUGUUUGUAGAAAAUUUUUAACUACCAGUACUAAAUUACGAACACACAUGAGGGUUCAUACAGGUGAAAAACCUUAUAAAUGUAAUGUUUGUAGUAAAUCAUUCACCACUAAUGGUAAUCUACAGUCAGACAUUAGAAUUCAUACUGGGGAAAAAAAUCUUUUAGAUGUGAUAUACUGA